AUGGCAGAGCAGUUAUAUAAAGAAGUCAAAAAAAUUAAAACACUUGAGAACAACAGCAGAACAAUAGAAGAGUUCACUGUAAUCGAAGUUUAUAGUCUAAUAUACUCUAUAGUAGAUCUGUUUUAUGAAUAUUUUGGAGUCACAUAUAAAUUAGACCGCUGCGAUCAGUAUAGGAUUAGGAAUAGAACUCCUCUGCUGCAUAUAAAUAGUAUGUACAGUCGGCGAACAUAUAGCAAAGUACUGGGGUUCUAUGCCAUGACCAAACAAAAAUAUCUUAAAUUCUCUACUACAUUAGUAGAAAUAAAUGAAAUAGAAAAUAGCGAUUAUGACCGUAUUGUUAAAACAACACACACCAUGGAGGGGUUUGCUUUUACGGAAGAUAAUGCACUACUAAGCGUAAAAGAUCAUUAUCACGUGCAAUUUGUAGAUAAUGUAAAUCAUACUAUUGAAAUGAUCCAUCUUCCAUACUACAUACACAAGCAAGAAAAUGGUGAAAUUAAAAAGCACCAACCAUAUGCGAUUCACUACAUAGUAGUUUACCUAAAGCUGAUGUUUAACAUAGGAGUAAGUCCUUUAUACUCAAAGUUUGGAGACAUAUAUCCCUUCAAAUACAAAAGAAAUAGUAAAACCUGGUCGUUAAUAACUAAAAGAUCAGAACUGAACAAAACAGUGGAAAUGAUAGAGAAAGAGGACUGUAAUGUUGUAUUCUACUACAUUAAGGAAAGAAUAUAUGAAACUAAAUUUUGCUUUGCCCAAUUUGUCUAUUCACCUGAAGUAAGAAAUGAAGUUAAUGAUGAAAAUAUUGACAAGCCGCGAAUUCCUCUGUUUCUUCCCAUAUUUAUGGUUUCGGCAUUUUCAUUAGGCCCAUACAACAGAAGUACUAUUAAUCGCAAGGUAUUUAACCUACAUGAUUUUAAAAACUUGCAACCAAUUACGUAUAUACAGACUUAUAUAGUCUCUUUUGACAGUGAACUCCCUAUUUCAGACGUACAGGAAAAGAAUUCUAACCUACUGUUGAUAAACAGGCACAUGAAAGAAAGUGAUCUAAACUACGCUAUUAAACACUACUACAGUGACUUUUUUAUACGAAAUUCAACAGAUUUCUAUGAAGACUUCCAGUGCUACUGUAUGAACAUUCAACAGGGAAUCAAUAGGAAUUAUGGCAAUGCUAUUAUAACUUGGAAUGUGAGAAAUUAUAGCAGUGUGUAUGAGUAUACAACAUAUAAAUUUGACAGUAAAAUAAAGGAUGAAAGAACUCACUUGGGAGCUAUUAAACAGCCUGCUAUUGCUUCGUUCAUUGGCAUGCUACAAAAUAAAAAUCCUUCUAUGAACAUGGCAAUGUAUGGAUAUUGCAUAUAUAAGACUAACUGUGACAAAGAAGAUUAUAAGACAAGUGCUGUAUUCUGCCUUACAAUGAAAGACCUUUUAGAAAGACUAAACAAGUACUUGAUUAAUCUAAAUAAACAGGAGAAAAUAAUUGAUCCUAUAAGUGAAAAACCACUAUUUCUAAAGAACUAUAACCCAAAAUUCAUUCUGAAGGAUAUUUCUAGUGCUAUUAUGAAUAGUACGCUUGAACAAAUUAAAAAUAGUCCACACGGAAUUAUAUCAGUAAGAAAUAAUAAUUAUAAUGGAUGUAAAUAUGGCAUUCAUUACGAUAUUAUGAAUUUACUGACUUACGAUAGAUCUAUACCGUUUGAAUCUCAUAAAUGA